AUGUCUCACCCUAAUGAUAUUCCGAUGCCCGACUACGACAACGACUAUGCUCUUUUCCAGGCUGAACUCGUCGGCGGCGACACCGACACUGAGAUGGGUGAAGGCUCACCAGCCACCAGCUCCUCUCCUGGCCCACUCGACUCACCCAAUCCCUCUGUGCCUCUAUACAACAACACUCCUCCCCACAAUUUUGAUAUCCCAAUCGCUCACACCAUCGACCUCACAAGCGAGCUAACAAGACCAGGUGGUCCUCUCCCAAUCUCGGGCCCCUACUUCGACAUUGACAUUACCAAGACGCUUGAUCUGAUGCUUGUGAGAUACCAGCAGAAAAGUCAACGUUUCUUCCGUUUGAAGUGGGCCAUCAAUUAUCUGUCUCAGGGUUUUGUUCCUGCAUGCAAAUAUCCCGGUUGUACGUCGCGAUGCAGAGUGGUGGACCACAACCUCAAAGUCCUGACUUGGAAGAAACUCCAACCUGAUGGUGAGGAUUAUAUGCGCUAUGUGACUACUGACAAAGAGCACGCUGUUUUCCUCUGUGUGUCCUGCAGCCAUGACAAUUGGAUGCCGUCGUUCAUGUGGAAGACCAGAGUUGUUGGCUUCAUGCCCGAUCCUGUAGUCGAGGUCAAGACGUUUGAACGUUGGUCGACUCCCGAUUUCUUCUUCAACAGGGCAAGAGAUUCUGAUGCUUUUCCUGGUAUGAUUAGCGGUCCUAUCCUUUCCAGACGCNNGACAGACGUGUUCAACGCAGAACUUCGAUUUAGAGCUGACUCGUGGUUUUUCCUAGAAGCUGUCACAGCUACGAGCGUCUUGAACAAGACAUACAAUUAUUUACUUCCCGUGGUUGCUGCUGGAUUAGGGCUCCGCUAUGCCUAG